GUAAUCUUUAGUGUACGAAGCUUUAUGAGAAGUGUUAACACGUGCGAAGAAUUUCGGCUGUUGUAAUUUCGUGGCGUCAACUUUUUUUUUUAUUACAUAUAAAUAUACACGCUGAAAAAAAAGUAAAAAAAAUUUUACGAACUGAAUCUUUCGAUAAAAUUAUUCUCGUUGUUUUGGUUGUGUAUCGAUUACUCGUAUUAUCUCUGUUACCAAGUAAUUUGCCGAAAUUUUCACCUUUUCAAAGCGUUAGCGCGUUCAACGGCCAUGAAAAUUUCCAUAAUUUUAGUCGCGUUGUGACGUGAUAAAAAAUCUCGUAUUAUUAUUUUUUGUUUUGUUAAUCGUGUUUCGAUUGUGUUUCGUGUUUUUUCCCCUUCAUUUUCUUCUUCCUUGGUUUCUUUUUUCUGUAAUAUUAUUGUACGUAUUCGUUUAAAAGACGAAUUUUUUUUCUCGUUUUUCUUUUUUGUCUUAUAUAAAUAUACUCGUAGUAGUUUCGUCGACGUGUGUUUUUACGUUAUAUAAUACAACUACGUAAGAAGUACAUACUCGUAUUUUUCGUACUGGUAUUUUAUUAUUUCUUCGUGGUCGUCGUCGUCGUCGUUGUUGUUGUUGUUUAUGGUUUAUAGCUUAUAUCUCGUUUUUAAUCUAUAAGCUGACGCGAGGCUCGGUCGUAUAUUUCGAGUGGAUUUUACCCUUCCGUUAACAGUAACCGAAUCGAAUGAUAGAUAAUAUCUCGUUACGAUGAACUCGACGUUGUUAUUGUUGUUACGCGAAUAGGUGAAUUAAAUCAGUUCACCUGUUGGCCGACUAUCGACUGGUGGUGGUAAACAAAAAAGCUAGAAAAAUUCUUCCCAAAAUAGUAUGCUCAACUGACGAACUGGCUGCGACCGUGGAAAAUUCAGUACCAAAAAUCAAGAAUGAACCGAGCUUGGAAGAUGUGGGCGAUGAAACUUCUGAUACAGAUAUGACAGCUAUCAAUGCCAGCGUAUCAGAAGUUCCAUGUAUAAGAAUACCAUUACAAACCGCAUACGUAAGUCCGACCAGUCCGGAGACCGCCAUAUUUAUGUACAGUUCGAAUACGGAUAAUCAGGGUAAUGUUGAAUUGCAUUUAAGAGAUAGCAACGAAAUAAACGAGAAAGCAUUUACAUCGGUAUUCGGCAAAUUAGAAUCCGAUCAAGAUUCGUAUACCAUUAGUUACCAAGAUGAUACUGGAGCAGUACUACAUCAGAAUAAUAUUGAUAUUCUGCUUGGCGCAGCAGCUCUUCAAUCAAAUGAAAAUAGUGUAAACAAUUUUGAAAUAUUCGAAACCGAAACAAAAGAAUCAGAGCUUAUUUCAUCACCUAAAUCAUUCGUUAAUGGAUCAGAAAAAGCCAACGAAACGAACAACAAUUCGCAGUCGCAGCCCAGCAUUAACGAGGAAACAGCUACCGAAGACGUUAAAUGCUAUUCAGAUGGAAAAUCACCGUCAUCGGGUAAAAAAAUCAAACCGAAGGCAUCAUCUCCGAAUGGCUGGGGUCCUCAGCAAUGUUCGAUAUGUUCGAAAAUUUUUGGUAAUACUUCGGCCUUGGCUAAACAUAAAUUAACCCAUAGUGAUGAAAGAAAAUACGUGUGUGUAACCUGCGGCAAAGCUUUCAAAAGACAAGAUCAUUUAAAUGGGCAUAUGCUUACUCAUCGACAUAAAAAACCAUUCGAAUGUAAAGCAGAUGGCUGUGGAAAAUCAUACUGCGACGCUCGUUCGUUACGAAGACACACCGAAAAUCAUCAUUUACACCCUUCAUUACCAAUAGCCCCGCCAACCAUAUCCGUCCAAGAAGUGAUUUCAAAUACGUCAAAUAUACCCUCUUGUAUACACUACGCACCGAAAGGCUCGCAAUCAUUCCAAAAGAGUAAUAUUAACUCGACUGUAAAGUUACCAAAAACAUCCGCAAACGGCGAAAAAUCAAUAAUUCCAAAAUCCGCAAAUCAAACAUCCAAUUCUUCAGAGAAUUCCGAUGAUACCAAGACGACGAAUUUGACAAACGCCACCAUCAUUCACUGUAAAAAUCUGUCUCGAUCUAAUAAUAACGAUUGCCUAACCCAAGAGCAACUCCAUCUGAUUGAGCAAAUCAUUAACGAACAGCGUAAAAAGUUAAAAUGCGAACAAAAAGGUCCAAAACAGCUAAAACUCGUGACCCAUCAACAAUCAACAGGUUCGUCUCAGGAAGGUGGAACGCUGGAUUCUUCGCGUAACGUGGUUGUCAACUCAACCGUUAAAAUAACCUCGACUUCUGUUUUAGUGCACAAUAAUAAAAUUAAAUUAUUACUACAAAAAGGAAAUAUUCAGACAACCAACGUAAACGGUUGUGGAAACAAUGGAAAACAAACGUCAAAAAACUCAUCGGAUGCUAAAUCAAUCGAGCAAAAUAAACCAGAAAGUAAACCGGUUGAAUGCAAUCUAUGCCAUAGAAAAUUCAAAAACGUUCCCGCCCUAAAUGGUCACAUGAGAUUACACGGUGGAUAUUUCAAAAAGGAAAACGAUGCUAAAAAAUGGGAAAAGAAAGAAUCAAAUGGACCUCAACUCACCACAGCGAGUAUAAGCGUACGAGCUCUUAUAGAAGAGAAAAUAAUCCAGAAACGUUCGAAUUCGAAUUUAAAUAACGCUUCCAAGUUGAAUGCCAAUACAGUUGCGGUCAAGGUUAAACCAAAAUCCGCCGAAGUUUUAGCCACCAAACCUAAACUUGCUACAGUGACCAUCAAAGAAGAAGAAUCUUCGGAAGAUCCUAUGAUCAACGAAUACCAACCGAAAGUAUCAUCGUUCGCUAUACCAGCAGCUCCUUCUCAAACAACGCCUCUUCCAUCCUUAAAUAACGACUUACUCAGGAGGACUAAAGAGGAAAAUGAAACUUUCAAUUCGUCCAUUCAUGAAGAAACGCUCAUGUUCAACGAACUGUUAUUAAAGCGAGUACAUCAGAAACCAGUCAAAAGAGCUAGUUCAGAUCCCGGUACCAUGUCUCAUAAUACACAAAGUCCUCAACUAGAAAUGACAUUUUCACCGGAAAGCGCUUAUUUGGACGUUUAUCAAAAUCAAAAUGGUCAAUACUUCACCAAUGGAAUCGGAGAUGAUAUGUUUCAAAACGUUCAGGAUACAGACUCGAUGUUACUACACAACGUGGACGCUUCCAACGAACUAAAUAAUUUACAACAAAUCGAGAAUUCCGACUUUCAAGAAAUCACCUUAGAAGAAUACCAAAACGUAACCAACGACUUGCAACAUCAGCAAGACCUGCAAGCAGUUCUAAACUCUCCUCUACCAGUCAGCUUGGCCGAAUUUUCCUACAUGCAGAACGAAACAGCUGUAAUAACGAACCACGAUCAAAACACCAUACCUUAUUCGCAGUCGCCUUUACCAUCACCGAGUUUCACGUAUCCAACACCUCCGGCCAGUCAAGAAGGACAAUCUCCAUCAUUCUGCCACGUGUCAUCUGUAGUCCACCAUACGCACGUAUCGUCUCCGUUAUCUUCGGCUUUCUAUUCGUCGGGCAUGUCGAGUCCUGGAGCUGUUGAAGCGGCUCUAAACGAGGUGUUGCCGAUGGACGUGAACCAGAACAUGUAUCCAUCGCCGGCUUCACCUUCGCCUUUAUCAGUGACCCCGGAACCAUCACCGGUAUCGUUAUCAACGUCAACUUUCAGCUCGCAGACUGAUUUGUACCAUGCUCAAGCGCAAGACGCCGAAGACUCUUUGCUGACAGCUAAUCAAAAAGAGUUCGUUUUUCGGAACAGCGAUGACGAAACGUAUAAACAGUUCAUUGAAAACGAUAGCAUGUACCAAGACAGCGCUCAAGAUUACCAAAACGUCAUCUUGGACUGUAAUCGACUGAUCGAGAGCAGUUCGCAGUACGUUCCUUGUAGUAAUUCGAAUUCGAUUAAUUUGAACAGCGAUUCGAGCCGAACCGGGAUAACGUUGCAGACCGAAGGACGAGAGAAUAUCACGUUAUACGCGGACGACAGUUCCGAUACUCGAUGUAAUAUCACAUUUCAUACCGAUGAUCCGGCAUCAGGUGGUGGAAGCGGCGGCGGUAGCGAAACGAACGGCGAUAUUCAUGCGAAAAAUAAUAACACCAUAGGGUUCAAUUCCACUUUCGAAGAUUCCAAUCACGAUAUCAACUUUAACGCCGCAAACGAAAUUAAUUUCUCGGCCGAAGACCGUAACGAUAUCUCGUUUUAUGAUAAAAAUUUAACCUUUCAAAUGGAGGACAAAGAUGUCGCCCUGUAUAACGAGGGCCGAGAAAAUAUUACCUUACAUUCGGAAAAUCAGGGACACGUGGUUUUACAUUCCGACGACCGAGGUAACGUCAUUAUACAAUCUAACGAACGUAAUUUGACUUUCCAUACCGAAGAGAACAACAAUUACGAACAAAUCACCUUUAAUCCUGUCACCGCGCAAUUGGAUUCGCAAAAUAUAACCUUACAUAUCGCCGCCGACGACGAAUACGAGCAGAAAUUAAUAUUCACGCCCGCCAUCAAAGAUCACGAAGACGCUUUCGUCAUAAAAAGCUCUACUAACAUCAGCAGAAAAAGGCCUUUUAGCAGUUCCAGCAAAAACACAUUUCCGCAAAAAUCGAAACUUCGUGUUCAUCGACAUUCGUCGCAUAUGCUGCAUUAUACCCCGUGUCCAACCCUGAACCCUUUACGAAAUAGCAGUGGACUUUACUGGCAAGCUACUCUUAAUACCAAUUCAUCUAAUCAAAGAGCAGAAGAAACAGGCAAAGAAAUACCUAAAAAUCAACUGCUUAUCGAAAGCGACGAAGAACCUCACAUAAACAUAGGUCCUCAUUUCCAAGCAAACAUCGAACCGUGUCGUGAAAACCCCCAUCCGGGAAAAAUCGUCUCCCACGAAGACCUCGUCUGGGAACCAGCCAUCAAGCAUGGUAUAAUGGAUAACGAGCUUGAUAUGUACCUAGAAUUUGCGUGCUGUGCCGCUUUACCAGGAGGAGGACGAAAUAAAGAAUACGCUUUGCAUAUAUUACACCUGUGUCAAGGAAAUAUUCACGAAGCAGUCUUGAAACUUAUGCAACCAAAACUACACGUACCAGCAGAUCAUCCGCUACUGACAAACGAUUAUUGUGAAAGUGAACCUUGGAGUGCCGAAGAAAUCAAUAUUUUCCAACAAUCUAUUUUCAAAUUCGAUAAAAACUUUUCCCGAAUAUCUCAACAUGUGGGAACUAAAACAGCCAAGCAAUGCAUUCAGUUCUAUUAUUUAUGGAAGAAAGCUUGUCCAGAAGAAUAUAAAAGAAGUAGAUUGCACUGGAGGCAUUUACGAGAAACUGAUCACGAUAAAAGUUCGGUUAUUCCCACCGGUAAUUCGAAUGUGCCAAAUGAAAUAGAAGUAAUAUCGACCACUUUCGAUACGAGACCUUUCGCUUGCGAAUUUCCAGAAUGUUUAGCCAGAUUCAAUUCACGAGCUGCCCUCAAUGGUCACAACAGAAUACACGGAGGAUCAGCUGACAGAUGGCGUAUGGUAACUCCAACACCAUUCAGUAGUGGUAACAGUAGCACUGGCAGCUCCGAUAAUGUGGAAGAGUUUCCUUGUAAAUUAUGCGGAAAAGUGUUCAGCAAAAUUAAAAGCAGAUCAGCCCAUAUGAAAUCUCAUCGACCAUCUGAGAUGGAACCGAAAAAAUCCAAACUUGAGAAACAGCAGCAGCAGCAGCAGCUACAGCAACAGCAGCAACAACAACAGCAGCAGCAGCAGCAAGAAGCUCAAAAAAUCGAAACCUCGACUACGUCAUCAGAUACUAACAAUCGACAAAUUUCGUCACCGUUAUUUUAAAAAAAUUAAUAAUUAUAUGUGUGAUAAUGCUAAAAGUAAAUCUAAUAUCUUCCUUUCCUUGCUCAUCCUUUUGCUUUCGUAGUAAAUUCUAUUUUUACUUUUGUUUUCCUCGUUUUGUUUUGUUUUUUGUUCUUUUUUUUUUUUAAUUCCUUUAUUUAUUUUUAAAAAAAUAUAUAAUUAUUAGCAAAAUAAUACACGAACAUAAUCUUUAGUACGACUGUUUUGAUAAUUUUUUCUCAUCCUGUUGUGAUCUCAAAUGUCAUUUUAGUUUUUAUUCCAUUUUUUUCCUGUUUUGUUUUCCUGAUGUCUUUAGUUUUUACCUCUCGAUAACGUUAUAUAAUUUAUAGUUUUAAUUUAUUUAAUUUGAGAUGGAAAAAAAAAUAUUAAGAAAAGAAAGCAAUAUUAGAAUACUGAUGAAAUAAAAUUUCUUUUAUAAUAGUUUGAUUAUUUAUGUACCUAAUAGUGUUAUUAUUGUUUCCUCUUUAUGUAUUUAAUUUGGCGUGCAUUUGUCCUGAACCCAGUCAUUAAACCUUAAGUCUCUUUAAAAGCAACGUGACGAACAAGGCCUAAAUGUAUGUAUGUGUUUCUUUUUGUUUUUGUUUUUUUUUUUCAGUAUACUGUAUUUUUAGUUCCCUUUAUAAAGCAAUAAGAUAUACCAAAACAUAAAUAAAAGGUUGUGUGAUUUUUUAUCCCUAAUUAAUGUAUUGUUAUUGUUAUAAAUUUCAUAGAAAUUCUCACAUAAUAAAAAAAUGUUCCUUAAGAUUUUUGGGGAAAAAAUUUACAAUAAAAAUGUACAUAGGUUUGUAGACAAAGUACCCCAUUUUGCUUUUUUUUAGACGCAUUAUAAAUAAUAAUUUUUUGUUGAUUAAUGUUUUUUUUUCUAACGUACCUACCAAAAAUGAUUUUCUUAGUAAAUGUAAAAUUUUGGCAAUACUUUCUUUCUUAAUCAAUUUUUAAUAGAUUAUAAAAUUUUUAACAGAAUUGACAAUCGGGCAAAGCAGGGUUAAUAAAAUGCGUAGUAUCACUACGAGGGAGAUAUAUAGCGACUUACUAUGCAUUGUUUUUUGAGAAAAAAAAAUAGCAACAACUUCUAUACGUAUAAAAAUACACGAAUACAAUGUUUAGAAUAUCGAGAAAAAUAAUCCCAUCAUCCGUGCAACAAAAACACAAGUCCAUCUAGUAUCGCAAUUCAUCCAAAUACCUAUCAACGUUUCAUUAAAUUGACAAUCAAUUUCCUUCCAUAUUAUUAUCAAAUUAUCACGGCCUAAUAAUUUUUUUAAUUUCAAGAAUCGACGAAACAACUGCAAAUAUACGAUGAAAUUUCUCGAAAAAAAUUAACAUUUCGAGCUCAUCUUACCUAUACCUACUUAUAACAAUAUACAAAAUAAGAUACAUAUCGAAUAAUAAUGGCCAAGCUUAUUCAAGGAAAAAAAAUCAAUUCCCCGCUACCUAUGCAAUUUUAAGGACCAUCAUUGGUGGAAAAAAAAUGGUUGGAAGGUAAUAAUUGAGAUUUUCAAAAAUGCUCAAACGACUGGUAUUGAAUUUUUAUUGAAAAAUUGUAAGUAUUAUGUGUAGGUUGAAUGUACUUCUUUACCUUUACUUCUUUUCAGAAUCUUCCUAAUUGUUUUUAAUUGUGCCAAAUGUUGUGAUUCAUUUGAUUUUUUUCGCUGUUAAUACAUGAUCCAUUACCUUUUUAUUUUUUAUAAAAACGUGUAAAUUACUAUGUUUCGUAGGUGUGUUUGUUUUUUUUUUGUUUUUUUUUUAAAUGUUUCUGAAAAAUGUUGUAUUUUUAAAAAACAAAACGAUCGAUUUAUACUAUUACAACGUAUCUCAUGUAUAUUUAAUUUUAAAUCCAAACUAGGUAUUGUACUACGAUUGUAUCACUUCAGAAGAAUUUUUCAAUCACUCAAACAAAUCUUACGUACACGUUAGCAAUAUUUUUUUAAAAAUUAAAAUCGAAACGUGAAAUUUUGAUUUUUCUUAUAUGUACCUAUCUACGUACGACUGUACUUAUUCGUGAUUGAAAGACAAUUUUGUAACGAAAUAAUGAUAGAAUUUGAUCAGAUAAUGAUGAUUUUUUUUCAAAUAUCUCCAAGUGUCUUUUGUAAAGGUAUUAAAAAUGAGAAUGGUCUUUCAAUGACGAAUAGUUGAGUCAAAAAAAAAAGUGUAAUGCCUAAAGAACGUGAGACGAGCUCUUUUUUCUUCGUGACAUUUUUGUUAUUGUAUAGAUUAGUUACUCGUUAAUAUUCAUAUUUUCCCCCUUUUUUUCCUUUUUUUGAUGUUUUAGAGUAGUAAAAAUAAAUGUUUGUUGUUGUG